AUGUCUCAGGAUACGUGGUUACAGAAUUACGAUGCCACUUGUCGGCUGGCGCAAGAAAUUGCUGAAAAUAUCCAUGAACGCAACAGACAGCAAAGAACAGGGGGAAACCCAGCCAAGAUCAACAUGACACUAAGGGCAUCCCUUCAGAAACUCAAACAAAGUAUUCCCCAACUUAAAGAGAGUUUGCUGAGGGCUUCUUCGUCACGGCGCAUAAUGCAGUCCGAAGCAGACAGGCGACAGAAUCUAAUCGACGACCUGCUGACCAGAGAAAAGCAACUCAAUGCCACUUUUAAAGGCGACAUCCCUGAACCAGCUCCAUCCAGGUCCACAUUAAUGGCAGGAGGAUCAGGAGCAAGCGAAGGAGUAUCAGCCAACCCGUGGCUCAUUAAUGAACCAGAGGAAACAAGGGGGCUGACUUUUGGAGAGAUUAAACAACAGCAGCAACGAAUCAUUGAAGUCCAGGAUGCAGGACUUGAUGCACUAGCAGCAGUCAUCAGCCGACAGAAGAUAAUGGGGCAGGAAAUUGGCAAUGAACUGGAUGAACAGAACGAAAUCAUCGAUGACCUUGCACAUCUGGUGGAUAAGACUGAUGGCCGGAUUCACAAUGAGACACGACGAGUGCAGCUGUUGGACAAAAAGUCAGCUUCUUGUGGCGUCAACGACCCACUGAUGCAGCAAGCCAAACCCACACUUGCACAGAGUACGCAUGCUCCUGUCACAUAUAUUACAUCACCGCCCAUUAGAGGAAUGAUGGUGGUGAUUGUGUUGCUGCUUAUUGCGAUCAUCGUGGUAGCUGUGUGGCCUGUGUAG